AUGCCAGGAACCUCCAAAGACAAUGGCGGCCGUCACCCUUUGUACAGGGGAGUGAGACAACGCAAGAACUCAGACAAAUGGGUUUCUGAGAUCCGUGAGCCGAGAAAACCUAACCGUAUCUGGUUAGGAACAUUCUCGACCCCGGAGAUGGCGGCAAUAGCCUAUGAUGUGGCAGCUCUAGCCCUCAAAGGCACUCAAACUGAGCUCAACUUCCCAAACUCAGCUUCCUCUUUCCCUGUCCCAGCCUCCAUGUCUCCAGGAGACAUCCAGGCUGCAGCCGCUUCGGCAGCCGCUGCUUUUGGCGCUGCUAGGGAUGCGAUUGUAAUGGCUAAUGAUGACAGUGGAACAAGCGGUGUGGAACACAGUAACAUGAUGAUGAUGAAUGGUGGUUAUGAGAAUACAAAUAUGAAUGGAUUCAUGGAUGAGGAUUUGAUCUUCGACAUGCCUAAUGUGCUGAUGAAUAUGGCUGAAGGAAUGCUUCUCAGCCCGCCUCGUCCUCCCGCCUUUGAUGCCGUUUGGGACGCUGAUGGUUUCAGUGGAGCAGACGAUUACUUGUGGAAUUUUCCUUGA